CGAUGCACUAGUUCAGCAUGGAAAAAUGAAACUUAUAUGUUAACUGAGUCACUCUAAUUCAACAAUCGUCAAGAAAUCUGAGCGGACAAGACGCAGUGAAGGUCCUAGCUGUGUACCCUUUGUACAACAGGAGACACUAUGGAUGUGUUCCUUAUGAUUCGUCGAGAGAAGUCAACAAUCUUUCUCGAUGCUACUGAGGAAACAAAGGUUAUUGAUUUGAAAAAGAAGUUGGAAGGAAUUGUUAAAAAGGCACCAGAAGAUCAAAAAUUGUAUAAUAUGAAUUCAAAGGACGAACUAGACGAUAACAAGACACUAGGCGACUGUGGAUACAAGGCACAAAGCGCUAAAGCUCAAGAUCCUGCAAUUAUUGGCCUGUCUUACAGAAUUAGUGAAACUGAAUUUGAGGAGGGGGCAGUCACACCAUACUCCAACCCUCCUGAGUUGCCGGAUGUGAUGAAGGCACAGGAGGGUGGCGGGGCAACCAGUGGAAUGGCAGCUGACUAAUUCAAUAGUGCGGACAUGUUUACAUUUUAUCCUGUUUUAAAGCCUAGUGCUAGUUGCUUGUGUUUCAAUUACAUUGUAGAAUUGUUAAUAAUUAUUAUUAUUGGCCAUUCUAAGUUUCA